AUGGAUGCGGACAAGUUGCGCACGCAGCAGGAGCUCGAGCGGCUCCAAGCCAAGUACGUCGGCACCGGCCACCCGGACACGACCUCGUGGGAGUGGAGGACGAACGUGGCGCGCGACACGUACUCGAGCAUCGUCGGCCACCCCCCCCACCUGUCCUACAUCUCCCUCGCCCAGAACGAGCCCGCCGCCAAAGUCCGAGCCCAGCUGCUGCGGAAGAUGAUACAGCCCUGCGGCCCGCCGCCCCCCCGAGAGGGCGAGGAGCCCGUGCUGCAGCAGCGGCCAACGUAA